GAAGUUGGCAGUGGUGUGAAUUUGUUGCAUAUGGGCGGCUUUAGUGAUACCCCGACUGCUGCCGGCAAAUCCUGCCUUGAAUAAUGAGCCAGAUCAGAAAUCUAAAUGCUUAUGGACUUGCGUGGACAUGGCUUGCCGCCACCCAUCUUCCCUCAGCCCGCACCACCGUCGUGAGUCGUGAAAUGCUUGAGGUACACUUGGCCAGCGUGUGUUGGGUGCAGUUCGCUUGGGGAAGGCAGAAGUGGGGUGGAGGGAAGUGGGGUGAAAGAGCUUCACCACCGACCGAGGCUGCUGGGCGCGUUGAAUUACUGGCUGCGGGGAGGAAUUAGUGAGGGCCUUGCGCUGCGCAGGCCUUCGCUUGACUGCAGGUGGUGCAAGUCUGGGCGCGCUGCGGGGCGGCGGCGGCAUGGGCC